AUGUACGGAAACGAUGACGGAGGAGAAAGAACAAGAAAUAUGAAAUUGGAACAAGCUUACGGAUCCAUAGCCUCAGAAUUCUUGGAAAAUAGAACUGGCAAAUGCUUGACUGAUCAUUGGCACCACCUGUUUGAUGAUAAACAAAAAGAGCGAAUAAAGCGCCCUAGUAAGGAUCUAGCAAAUUCAACUAACACUUCGAUUACAGAUACGUCUUAUUCGAUUUCAAGUCCCGUUAUGCAACCUGCAACAAGUACCAUGGCGAAUCCUCCUGCCACUAUUAGUCAAGCCAUCACUCCUACACCGAAAAAGUCUCCAAUUUCAAGUCCCGUUAUGCAACCUGCAACAAGUACCAUGGCGAAUCCUCCUGCCACUAUUAGUCAAGCCAUCACUCCUACACCGAGAAAGUCAAUUCAGAGUCCGUCCAAUCGAAAACGAGCCGGUUCGAGUGUGGUAACGACUCCAAUUUCAAGUCCCGUUAUGCAACCUGCAACAAGUACCAUGGCGAAUCCUCCUGCCACUAUUAGUCAAGCCAUCACUCCUACACCGAGAAAGUCAAGUCAGAGUCCGUCCAAUCGAAAACGAGCCGGUUCGAGUGUGGUAACGACUCCAAUUUCAAGUCCCGUUAUGCAACCUGCAACAAGUACCAUGGCGAAUCCUCCUGCCACUAUUAGUCAAGCCAUCACUCCUACACCGAGAAAGUCAAGUCAGAGUCCGUCCAAUCAAAAACGAGCCCGUUCGAGUGUGGUAACGACUCAAAUUUCAAGUCCCGUUAUGCAAUCUGCAAGUAGCAUGACGAUUACUCCUGCCCCUUUUAAUCCAACCAGUCCUUCAUCGAGUGUGUCAAGUCAGAAUCCAACCACUUUGAAUGUGAAUGCGAAUCCUGCCAUUUUCAGUCCAGAUAUUCGCCCCACAAUUCUAAGUUCACCUAUCACGCCUUCAACUCCGCAGAAACUCAAAGAGAAAGUAGUCAAAGCUCCACUCAAGGGGAAUAUAGUAAAACGUCCAGAAGGAAUGUUUUUGAAAAUGAGUGAUGGAAAGAUGAUUGCUAUCACUACUAUUUUGAAAGAGCCAUUCAAGUAG